AGGUGAAAUCAUGUGCUUAUUGGUACUGAGCCGUCAAACCUCUCACAGACUAGCCAAUCAAAGCGUGACUCGGGCAACCAAUCACAAGGCUACGCUCGUGGCACUUUUGACAGGGUCUGUUAUUUUACGGCGCUCGCACCACCUCCCGCUUGGCUGAUGCAAAUUUGUGCAAUCUUAGCUCAACCACCUCUGUCUCCUUCCGACAACAUAGUGCCGUGGUACCAUAUUCCCCUGGAAGUGCCGAUAAUAUUUCAGCAACCAAAAGUGGCGUUUUAAUCUCACUAGCAGACCGUGGCUCCUUUGGAGGCACACAAGGCACGUUUUUGUUGCGGUGGAUCAGCGCGAGCGCCGCGGAGUGAUAUAGAGCGAGGCAAAGUACGGAUGAGGUGUAGAUGCCCAUCCUCUGUCCUGUACCAGUCAUACCUCUCUCACACGCCUUCUAGUUACUGUCACGGGAUUGUGCCUUCUCCUAUGUGUCACCAUGGCUUUAUAACCGUGCAUACAAACAGAGCAAGUGUAAACCAGCCCUUGUGCUGCACCGACACAACCACUGCAAACAUGUUGCCUUUUAGCUCCCUCUCUGCGCCUUCCGCUGCUAUUUCCAGCAGGAAUCGUGCUUCCAAUCUUCUCUCUGGUGUGGAAAUAGAAGCUUCUGGUAGAAAUGUCUCUUCUGACAGCCAUGAACUACGACCUGGAGAUGUCUAUGUUGCCAGUUAGCACAUUGCACUGGCGGGCGGAUCUCCUGAAGAUCCCUGCUCAUGGAAAUCCCUAUGAACAUCAUCUCUCCUUCCCCAUGGGUGACGGGGUGAACGUGCACGGGGCUGAAGCUGGAUGCCUGGCAGGUGAUGGAUUCACAGACUGGAUGACUGAAAGAGUUGAUUUCUCCUGUUACCAUCCCACGUCAGUGGAUCCAUCUUUGCCAGGUCCUUCAGCCCCUGAUUUGGAGAUCAUGGCUUCUCUCCUUAAAAAGGAGUUGGAGCAGAUGGAAGAUUACUUCCUGGAGGAGACCCUGUCUCCGACACAACCAAUGCCUCCUGAUCAAGUGGCCCCUUGCACCCCUCCAUCAUCACAUCAAGUGCAUUUCCUCUUCCCCACGCCAGACCAUCAGCUUGGUGGAAGUGAAGUAGAGUUUCAGGCAUAUGUUGAAGAAACACCACCACCUGCUCCAGCCUGCAUGGAAACCCUGGAUUCUGGGUGCCUGGAGCUCCUGAAUCUCUACUCUGAUGUUCCUAGUGAUUUCCCCAGAGACCAACUGCAGGAUCUGUCCCCCACUGACCCGCCAGAAUUCUCAGAACGACUGAUCAGGCCUACACCAUAUGACCGUCCAACCUCCAGCUGCAGUGCUCUGCCCCAUCAAAAACGAGACCGCAAGCAGAAGAAGAGAGAUCAGAAUAAGACAGCGGCGCUGCGAUAUCGGCAGAGGAAAAGAGCCGAAUACGAUGCACUGGAUGAAGAGUGCCAGAGCCUGGAGGUCAGAAACAGAGAGCUGAAAGAAAAAUCAGAUUCCAUCGAAAGAGAAAUUCAGUAUGUAAAGGACCUACUUAUCGAGGUCUACAAGGCCAGGAGUCAGAGACUCCGGAAUAAUUAGAUCUCAGAUGCCAUAUCUGUACAACACUGUAGAAACUUUGAUUUAUUUAGAAUACUUUUUCUAUAAAUUUACAGGCUACAGACAGACAAUCUUAUACCUUCGUGAAAC